UUUAUUUAUUUUUUGUAAAAAAUUCGAGAAAAAGCCAACGAAUUAAAGCAAAGCACCUUCAACUCCAUUUCCCUCUUUCCUCUCCAUCCUUCUCUUCCUUCUUCUCUCAACAUUCCCAAAAACAACAGGUUUAAUUUAUUUAUUUUUAAAAAAAUCUUUCCGACAAAUCCAGCCAAAAAUUGUCAAAUCCCAAUUAAAUUUGAUCGGAAAUUUUAAAUCUUUUUGGGUUUUUGGUUGAUGGGUAUUAAUUAAUUUCUGGGUUUGGAUCGAAAAAAGGGGAAAAAGGAAGAUGAACAAGAUGGAAGAAGAUAGGAUUGAAUGUGUGACGUCGUCGUCAUCUACAGAAAGAUUGUAUGAAGCUGAGAUUGAUUACCCUCAAAAUCAUAAUCAUAAUCACAAUCACAAUCAAUCUUCAAAAUCAAGGAGGAAAUUAACGUCGCCUUUAAUUCCUUCGACAACUAAUAGCGUUGUUGAAAUCUUUGAAUGUCCAGUUUGUGCUCAUGCUAUGUACCCUCCUAUUCACCAGUGCCAUAACGGACACACACUUUGUUCAGAGUGUAAGACAAGGGUUCACAAUCGGUGCCCUACUUGCAGACAAGAGCUUGGAGAAAUCAGAUGUUUGGCAUUGGAGAAGGUGGCCGAGUCUCUAGAUCUUCCUUGCAAAUACAGCCCAUUUGGUUGCCUGGAGAUUUCUCCUUAUUAUAUUAAACUUAAGCAUGAAGCCCUAUGUAACUUUAGACCAUUCAGCUGCCCAUAUGCUGGUUAUGAAUGCUCCGUUGUUGGGGAUAUUCCUUUCCUCGUUACCCAUCUGAGGGAUGAUCAUAAAGUUGAUAUGCACUCUGGUUCUACAUUUAAUCAUCGUUAUGUCAAAGCUAACCCCCUUGAAGUUGACAAUGCUACCUGGAUGUUAACAGUUUUCCAUUGUUUUGGUCAGUAUUUCUGUUUGCAUUUUGAAGCGUUCCAGCUAGGCAUGGCUCCUGUUUAUAUGGCAUUUCUUCGUUUCAUGGGUGAUGAAACUGAUGCUCGACGGUACACUUAUAGCUUAGAGGUGGGUGGCUAUGGGAGAAAAUUGACAUGGGAGGGAACCCCACGAAGCAUUCGUGAUAGCCACAGAAAGGUUAGAGACAGUCAUGAUGGUCUUGUCAUUCAACGUAAAUUAGCACUUUUCUUCUCUGGUGGGGAUAAAAAAGAGCUUAAGCUUCGGAUUACUGGAAGAAUUUGGAAAGAACAAAAUUUGGAAUCUGCCGCUUGCAUAUCUAAUCUUUGCAGUUAAUGGUCACCUUCCACGAUUUGCAUGCCUAUUUUGGUCAUAAUCUCACAAUUUUUGCCUAUUUUUCACCAGGCAAGUCAUGGAAAAAUACAUAUCAUAACACUAGUCUUGUGAUGAUAUUAGACAUCUUCGAGGAUUAUGCCCAUAGAGGCUAGUGACUAUAGUCUAGGAAGCCAUAAUGCCGACAAGGUGGGUUCUGAAGGAGCAUAUGUUUACAUGGGUCAAGAACGUGCUUCUCCUGUUUUAUAAAUGUAUUAAAUGUAAUGUGGUUCCAGAAUUGAGAUUCAGUUGAAUCUAAGGCGGACUAAGCUCUACUCUUUCAUGGAUGGGGAAUUGUGAUUCAAGAUCUGUAACUGCAUAUAUCUUCCAACGAUGUGAGAGCUGUAUCGGGGGAGUAGUUGUUUCUGGAAGUGCUGUGUAAACAUACUCUUGUGAUGUAAAAUGUUCUUUAACAUCUGGAAAUGCUGAAUUGUACACGUUCUGUUGUUUUUAUCCCCUCCCUCCCGAAUCAAAUGAAGCGUUUCCUUAA